AUGCCCCGCAACGCGCAGGCCUGUGCCUGCCCGCAGUUGAUUUCUCUUCACGCCUCAAUAGUCAAGGAGUUCGUGCAAGGCGAAGUUGACCAAGGCAUCUUAAUCCCGCUGAAGACGGCGUCUGAGCUGGGGGACAACUUUACGACGGACAAUUUCUUGAUCACUCGUGCGCCUGUCAAGGCUGCAAACUUGGCCAUCAGCAAGCUUCGCGAACUGCUCCACGAUGACGUCGUUAAAGGCUACCCUCAUCUUCGCAGAUGUGCCAAGCCUUGCGACCUUCCGGCGCACCUCAAAUGCAAAUACAUGAACGACACGCCAGAGGGCCGCCACAUCCACACGGGCAAGUCGACGUGGAUCUACAUCAUAUGCGGCCCCGAGUCGGAGCUGGACCGCGGCGCCCUUGAAGCGAAGCUCCGCGAGCUCGAGGAGUUUGAGGUCGGGGUGUUCAUUGCCAGCAUCGUCGUGCCCCUGGUCGCCCCAAAUUCUCAGAUGCAGGCGGCCAUGUGGUCCCAGCACUUCUGGCCCACCGUCUACCGGAAGAACAAUCCAAUCGGGCCGCACCCGGCCAUGCUAGCUCGGAGCACAGAGGAGAUUGACGGCGAUACUUCGGUCUGGAUGAUGAUGGCGCAGCAAGUCGCCAUUGAGUCGCAUGACGCUGGAUACGGCGAGCCCGUUGGCGCCUGCAUCAUCAAGCGCGACGAUGAAGGACAUCCCGUUGUCGUUGCCCUUGCUGCGGAUGCUCGCUGGAUUGGCCACGACCGUGGAGCUGGAGAAACCGGUAACGUGAUGGCGCAUGCCGUAAUGCGUCUCGUCAGCAUGGUUGCUCAGAAGCUUAAACGAGUCGAAAAUAAAGAGAAUGGCACCGUGCCCGAGGCCCCCGAGGAGCUCUUGUUUGAUGCGUUUCAGGACGCCCCGAUUCUCGAGGCGGAACAGAAGAUCUUCCAGCUAGACCACCCAUGCCCCAAUGGAUAUUUGUCGCACGGCCUCGAGCUGUACGUGACGCACGAGCCUUGCGUCAUGUGCUGCAUGGCCAUCCUUCAUUCUCGCAUGGGCAAGGUCGUCUUUCGCUACCGCCAGCCGCUCACCGGCGGACUGUGCGCCGAGCACCGCGGCGACGGUCAUCCGGCUCUAGCGGGAGCAGACGGCGGCCAGGGGCUUGGACUGUUCUGGCGCAGGGAGCUCAACUGGAGCCUGAUAGCCUGGGAGUGGGAAUCGCCCAUCACCUUCAAGAUGUUGGAUGUGGACGCGGCCAUCCACAUUUAG